AAAAAACCAUCAACAGGUCGCCGGUACUGUUUGGCGUGCAUAAACAAUGGAUUUGUUGACGGUGGCACCGAGACAGUAUGCUCCAUCGAUACGCAACCAAGCAACCACCGGCUUUCCGGUCGGUUGUCAACGUAACGCUUGCCGCCAUCGAUGCGGGCGACGCUUUCGAGCAACGAUUUUUCGUAGUUGGCGUGCACUCACCGGCACAACUUGCAACGAAACGCGUCAGAACGGAAAAUCAAAGACGCUGUUAGUGAAGCCGGGAACAAUAAAACGCAACGUGGGGAAAUCUAGUGUACGCUUCACUGCUUUGGAAGGUUUUUUUUUAUUUUGUUGUUGCUUUGUUUUUUGUGGUCCAGAAGCUGCAAAAGGGUGACAGAAAAGUUCUACUCGGACAUUGUACUUUUUUUUUGUUUUCGCUUAUGCCGUUCACGCCACUAUAAAGAAAUAGAUUUCGGUGCCGCUAUUCGCGUGUGAAGAAGCAAUGGAUCCGGUACUACUCGAGCGCGAACGCGUUCUGUUCCGUCUGAACGAAGAAAUAAAUGCCAAGUCACGGGGUCUGUUCGAGCUGAACGAGAACGUCAGCUGGAUGACAACGAAGCGCCGUUUGCGCCACGGUAUGAAGAAGCUGAACAAUGUACCGAUCGUCGGACCACCGGGUGAUGAAUCGUCCUCAUCGGAGCUCGGUGCAUCGAUCGAUACGACGGAUAAGGAAAGUGGUACGACCGUGGGUGGCGGAACCGGAACAGGAACUGGGUCGGAUGAGGAGGCGGAAAGUGAUGACCGUUCGUCGGCUGUUAUCUUUGCGGUGGUCCGCGACGGUGAGAAGGACACGCACGGUGGCCGGGAACAGCAGCGCGAACACGAUGAACCGGCCUCCACGUUGACGACCCUCACCGAGAUACGGUGUGAUGCUAUACAGGAAGAGCAUACGAGAGCGAACAACACCAACCAACAGCUGCAGCUGGUGAAGGUCACGACCGUUUCGGUGGAACGCAAGGUAAGCAAUGGGCAGCGGGGUAUGAUGGGUGGGACCCACGGUACACCGGGAGGUGGCGGAAUGUUGAUCGCUAGCAAAUCGGUGACAUCGGCAGCAACGGCACGCAAUCUCAGCAAAAACAUGGCCGACGUCGUACCGAAGGUGCUCGAGAAGAAGAACAUCAGCUCGGAGGGAUUGAUCAAAUUUCUCAAAUCCAAAGUGGCUAUCCUACAGACCGAGCUGGAAACGAGCCAGAAACAGAACGAGGCGAAUGUCAAGGAUCUAAAUUUGGCACUCGAUCGCCUGAAGCAACUCGAAGCGUUGAAGGAACAGCUGCUAACGAAGAACGGUGCGCUCGAGCGUACGGUCAAGAAGUUCGAGGAGCGCAACGUGGAGUUGGACAAGAUGCUAAAGGAAAAGGACGCCCAGCUGAAUGUGUCGGCGAAGGAGCUGUUUGGGGCACGGUCGGAGAUACGCAAUCUGGCCAACGUGAACCAGACGCAGGAGAAGCGACUGUUUAAGACACAGGAGGAGGUCGAAAGUUUGCGCAUCAAGCUGAGCAUCGCGAAUGAUUCGGAAAAGGAAACACGUGAUGCUGCUCGACAGGAACGUCUCACCUACGAGAAGCAGAUAAGACAGCUCCGCAAGCAGCGCACCGAGGUGUUGGCCGACUACAAGAAGCUACUGCUGAGCGUCGAUCAGAUGAAGAAGCAACAGUUCAACCAGGACCAGUGCAGACAGAUAAAUGACUUUGAGAAAGAUUACUUACGGCAUCUAGACGAGGCUGCAUCUUCUCCGUCAGUGCAGUAGUGUGUUCUUAGUUUUCAACCGUUCGUGUAGAUUAAAAGAUCGAUAAUAAAAUAUUCACCAUAGUUUUCGUACAAACCACCCAUACUUCAAAUGCAAUCCUUUUAAUCGGUCAUCGUAGAAUUUGCACUGCAAAGAAUGGAGAGAGGAGAGUCUGUCGAUUAGUCAUUCCACGACCGGAACGACAAUUCGCACGGAGACGGCUUAGUGUUGCUGCACGAUGCAUUCCAAUGCGGGAGUGCAAGAACCGAACGGACAAAGAGUGUUGGCUUUUGUGAAGCAGGGUAAGACGCCUGCCGAGGUAGAGAAGCGGACAUGUGUUCUUCCUGUAUCGAAUCAAUGCACCGAAUCUGUUGCAUAUGCAGCGAAGUACUCGAUCGUGAGUAUUCCAGGAAAAUGGCCAAUAAAGGCAACGACUGCAACAUACAAAAAUGUUUUAUGCUAUCCGAUCAAUGUCGGGGCGAGGAUGGUUUAUUUUUUCUCCUCUUAUUUUCGUCUGUUGUUGAAUCCUCUUUCGAUCCC